CCUACGUGGCAGUGCUUCUCGCAGCGAGUGCAGCCACUUCCUGUGCAGCCUCGUUGCAAUAAGAGCAGCAGCAGCAAGCUGCCAGCAGCCACCACAGGAGGGGUUGUCGGGGGUGUGUUUGAGUGAGCGGCUAGUCCGGUCUCCCAGGCGCUGAGCAGCACCCAACACAUCCUGGAGCGAAACCCACUGCUCCCUUCGCCACUCCCGCAGCACUCACUUAGCCAUGGGGCAGAACGAUCUGAUGAGCACCGCAGAGGAUUUUGCAGACCAGGUGGGUGUGGAUUCAUUCCUCUUUCCUCGCCCCACUUUCUCUUGAAGCAGAGGAGGCCUUACUGCACACAUGGGGUUUUGCAGAUAUUUCUGUAGCGUCCAGUCCCUUUCCUUCACGCGUCUUCUUUGUAUUAUAUAGGAGAGAAGAAGAUUUGCGGAGUGGGGGUGUUGGUAUUUUGUGCCUGUUGUGUGUGUGCGCGCGCGCUGGGGGGGGGGGGGGAAUUGGUCGUUGAGGAUGCAAUCUCGUUCCCAACAUCAUAGGAUCCACCUCGGAGGGAAUCGGGAGAUCAGCCUUCCCCUCUCCCGAGUGCUUUGCACCCGCACAAAUUUGAGGGGCGCGGCCCCAUCUUUCAGUGAUCUAAUCUAAAAUGACGGGGGAAGAUUGCUUAAGAGUGUUCGCUUAAUCAGUGUGGGAUAAGUCUUACUUCCCCAUCACAGACAGAAUGAGAAACCAAAGCCAUGUUAAGAGGGCCAGGGUUUUAUCACUCGCCUCCUCAACCUCCUAAAGGUUUGCGUCUUGCGAUAAUUGGGGCUCAGAUCACCUGUGAAUAGACAGCCCUAUCGAGUAGCUAAUCAAGCUGAAAUUCACCAUUCCCCUUAAAGAGAACUCUGGAUUAUUAUGGGACAGAAGACCACUUUCAGACAUCAUAGAUUUUCCUCCCCACUGGCAAUAAUUUGCCUCUGAGAUUAGAGGGAUUCGCUUUAAUGUUAUGGGGUUGCCCGUUAGCGAAAUGAAGGCGUGUCCUGUGCGUUUCUUUGCUAUAUUUAUCCUAUCCUUGAGGGAGGUAAGAGAUUUGACAAUUUCCAGAAAAUGGUGAAGUAGAUGUUGGAAAAGGGUGUUUAUUUAACGUGGUCUAUAAAUGUGGGGGGGGGGGGGGGAGAGAAAGGGAAAGAAAAUGUGAAAAUAAUGGAAGUUUCUCUACCCAUGAGCUUCUGGAGUCUGGGAGUGCUAUGUAUCUAACCACCACCAGUAUAAUCUCUCUUUCCCUCUGUAGAAUGUGUGAGUCAUUUAAUGUACCCUACCUUUGGAGUGGGGGCACAAAGAACUACCCCCCAUACUUUAUUUUAUUUUACUUUACUUUAAUUUAAUUUUUAAUUUAAUUUAAUUUAAUUUAAUUUAAUUUAAAACACUUUCCACAUUUGGGGAUAUGGAGAUUUCCAAAGUAAUGUAAAAUCAGAAAAGGGGGUUUUCUCAGAGACCAUGAUCCUAUCAAAAUGCUGGACAAAGCAUGAGGAAAUUGAUUGGUGUAUUGGUAAUAUGCUGAUCAUUUGUGUUUUAUAUUUACAUUUACCUAUUAUAUUUGAGUAGUAUUCAAGUUUACAAAAACCCCAAGUCUUUUCUUACUUUUAUUUAUUUAUUUUUACUGAUUUCUGUACUGGAGGCAUCAGUACCUCUGUUUGGUACUCCAGAUUAAAUAGAGUGCUAACACAAACCAAUCUUAUCCUGCUGGUGUUUAUUAGCCAGAAGAGCCAAAUCUUCACCUUUCUCUGGAUCAAAAGCGGAGAGGCUAAAAACUUUCCUCCCUAUCCCCUGUGUUCAUGAAUGAAUGGAAUUCAAGCUUCCUUUCCUUUGCUCAUGUGACAUCUGGUUCCUUACUGCCCUUGUGUAUAUUUAUUUUUAGCUUAUGAGAAGGUAGAAAACUGCCCCAAACUAUUCCUCUGGUUUCCUUUUUAAGAAGAAAAUGACCAGGAGGUGUUAAAAGUUGUUUUAAUUCUUUUGGUGUUAGGGGAAGAACAGUUGGUGACAUAUUCUGUUGUUCAGGUGUGUGGAAGGUAAAAGACACGUCUCUGCUUCCUACCUUUUGGACAAAGGAAAAGACAAUCCAGUAUUAUCUCAUAAGCCAGUGUCAACUGUUCCUGCCCUGGUACAGUUUAUCUAACCACAGCCUGGCACUGUGAUGGAAAACGUGUGAGACAGGCAACAGCUUAAGCUGUUUGAUGUGUCUGGUGCCUCUUAAGUGAACCAGCAAGUGAUGUUGGGGUGGGUGUGUUGCCUUUACAAAAAAGGUACAUACAUCCUGUGCUACUCCAGGGUAUUUCCCCCCCCCUCUUAAAUAUAAAGCACUAUAGAAAUGAAACGAAUAAUAACAAUUAUUCUUUUCAUUUCUAUACUGCUGUAUAUUUAAGAAAAUAAAUAAAUCUCAAAGCAGUUUACAUCCUACAUUAUUAUCUGCUUUCUUUGGUUUGGAGAAAUGAUAAUAUCCCUUGGUAAAAAUAUCCCUUGGUAACAAAUACAUUUAACUGCAUGACCUUAAUUUACCCUGGGUAAAAAAAAGAAAAAGGCAUCUGAGACGGCAAGCAUGGUAACAGUGACUUCUGUCACUUCUGCAGUAAGAGCUUUUAUAAUUUGAUGAUCGAGGGCCCUGGAGCUUAGCAGCUUGGCUGAACUUCUACACUACCCCAGCAAACAAAGUAUGGGAUGCUGUUGUGGUGCAGCAGUUAGACUGCCAUACUAGGACCCAGGAGACAAGGGUUCCGAUCCUCACUCAGGUAUAAAGUGCACUGGGUGACCUUGGGCCAGUCACUUACUCUCAAGCUAACCUUCCUUACAGGGUUGUUAGGAUAAAAUGGAGAGGGGGAAAACAGUGUACACAACUGUGAGCUCCUUGGAGAAAAAGUGGGACAAAUAACUAGACGUAGCAUAGUGGCUGAGAUGGCACAUAGGAAACAGGAAACUGCUUUAUACUGAGUCAGACCCUCAUCUAACUCAGAAUAGUCUAUACCAGCGGUUCUCAACCUGUGGGUCCCCAGAUGUUGUUGGACUACAACUCCCAUCAUCCCUGAGCUCUGGCCUUGCUAGCUAGGGGUGAUGGGAGUUGUAGUUCAGCAACAUCUGGGGACCCACAGGUUGAGAAAGGCUGGUCUAUACUCACUGGCAGCAGCUCUCCAGGGUUUCAGGCAGGGAAUCUCCCAACCCUACCUGGAGAUACCUGGGAUUGUGUCUGUGAGUGCAAAGCAGAUGUCAGAAUAAUAGAAUUAUGGAGUUGGGAGGGACCCUGAGGGUCUUCUAGUCCAACCCCGUGCACUGCAGGUAUGUUCUGCCACUGAUCUAUGAACCUUGAUUAAGGAAGGCCCUGGCUCACCUUGAAGUUACGAAGUGUCAGAUAAUAGAAAGUACUUCUUCAUGCAGCACGUAGUUGAACUAUGGAACUUGUUCCCAUAGGAGGCAGUGAGGGCCACCAACUUGGAUGGUUUUAAAAGAGGAUUGGACAUAAUUCAUGGAGGAGAACGCUAUCAAUGGCUACUGGCCAGGAUGGCUGCGCUCUGCCUCUGUGGUUUGAGGUGGUAAUGCUUCUAAAUACAAGUCGCUGUAAACCCCUGGAAGGAAGAGUGUUCUUGUGCUCGGAGCCUCCUUUCCGAUUUCCAUCAGGACAUAGUUACCCGCUGUGAGAACAUGAUGCUGGGCUAGAUAGGCCAUUGACCUGAUUCAGAAAGCUUUUCUUAUGAUCUUAUGCAGGGGUCAGCAAACUUUUUCAGCAGGGGGCCGGUCCACUGUCCCUCAGACCUUGAGGGGGGCCGGACUAUAUUUUGAAAAAAAUAAUGAAUGAAUUCCUGGGCUCCACAAAUAACCCAGAGAUGCAUUUUAAAUAAAAGCACACAUUCUACUCAUGUAAAAACACGCUGAUUCCCGGACCGUCUGUUAGAAGGUGAUUGGGCCGGAUCUGGCCCCCAGGCCUUAGUUUGCCUACUCAUGAUCUUAUGUCUUUAGGCAAGCAUAUAAAAAUCCUGAGUUAGCAGUAAUAAUGACCCCAGUUUUCUCAGCCCCCCCCCCCAAUUCCCACACAGCUUCAUUCUCCUUUAGCAAGCCCAGACAAUUGCAGUGUCUUUCAGAUGCUGCUAGACUACAACUCCCAUCAUCUCUGACUGAACUGGCUGGGGCUGAUGGGAUUUGGAAUCCAACAACAUCUGGACCCUAGAGGGCACCACAAUGGCUACAUCCCUUUUUAAACCUUCUACAGCCCAGUUUUGUUCUAUCCCUAAUCUUUGAUUCAUGAUAAGUUCCCUGCACACGAGUUGCAUCCUCCUAGCUUUGCUCAACAAUUCUGCACCCAUCCUCGCCCCUGACAGCUCCCCAUCUGCUCACAUUUAUUCUUUAUCUCAACUCCUUGCCUCUUCACCUUGAUUAUGCUCCAGGUGCCAAUAAUCUUUUUGUAUGCUGCUACUCUGCAAAGUGCUGUGCAUGUUAGUAAUGAUACAUAUUUUAAAAAACAGUCAGCAUUCUUGCCUAGAAACCAUUGUUCUAUCUAGCUCAGAAUUUCCUUCACUGGCUGGCAGCAGCUCUCCAGGGUUUCAGGCAGGAGACAUUCCCAGCCCUGUCUGGGGAUGCAGGGAAGUAAACCAUUGUGCUUGCAUUGUGCUUGCAAAGCAGAUGCCCUACCUUCUAGCCUUGCCCCUUGCCAAUAAAACCCCCACCUUAAUAUUGUCCUAGGAGCAGAGGUGCCUAGGUGAAACAGUAUUUUUUAAAGCAUUAUCUAGGACCAUAGGAAGCUGCUUUUAUGGCAGGGCAGAUCAUUGGUCCAUCUAGCUUAGUAUUAUCUACACUGACUUGCAAAGGAUUUUCAGGGUUUCAGACAGGGCUCUCCCUGUUGAAUGGUCUCUUUAAAUUUGAAGGUUCAUUAUUGUUCCACAAGAUGUAUAUUUCUUUAAAGGCCAGAGCAAAUAGCAUGACCUUAUUUUACAGCUGUGAAGCAGUAUAGCAGGUGCUGUUAAGUUGUGGUAAUUAAGUUGUUAGGUAAAGAGCAGCAUGUAGCUCUCUCAGUACCCUGGUGGAUGGGUCAUGCUUAUUGAUAUAUUGUAAUUUAGUGUAAAAAGAGUUUUUGUUUUUGUUAUUAAAACCUAGCAAAAGUUAUUUUGCGUUUCUUGAAUGUGUGGUCUCCCCAGCAUGCUUUCUGCAGUGCAGCUAAUCUGCAAAUAGCCAACACUCUCAGUCUUACCUGGGGAUGCCUGGGAUUGAACCUUGGACCUUCUGCAUGGAAAGCAGAUGCUCUACCCUGAGUUGUGUCUCUUCCAUGCUACUGGCAGGCUCAUCAGCUGGAUAGAAAAAGUCAAGAUUUUUGUAAUCCAUAAAAUGCAGGGUGACAAUGUGGUCUCUCAAGUUUUGGUGGCAACCACAAAAGGCUAGCAACCACAGCCAGCAUAAAUUAGAGUAUCCCAUAUCACAAUGCUACCGGUGCAAUCGUAGCAACUUGUUUCCCCUUCAGGGUGUUUUAGCUUAUCACAACCAUACUGGCAUCACACAAAUUAGAGCAGAAAUGCCAGCCAAUCCAAAAAAUGAUAGCUUGUAGAGUUGAAUUUUCCAUUCCUCCCCUUCCUUAUCUAAAGAAUCUUCAAUUAAAUCCCAGAUUAGAUGUUUUCAGGAGUUGCUUGUUACACAAACGCCAACUGUGCAAAUAUCUCUCCCCACAUACAUGCAUAUAACCUGCGGUACAUUGCUGUACUCCCCCAAAGUUGAAUGGUUUUGCUUUGUAGUUGCAUAGGUGGUAAUUGGCCCCUCUGCUGGGGUAAGGGACAUGAAGAGGAAAUUAUCUGGAGAAGUUGGCAGAGAAAUCAAUUUAGCUGCAAAAACCUCAACAGCUGCUUUGCAAUUAAAUUGCAAAGUACUGUACUUGCAAAACACUUGAGGCUGCCUUUUGCAACUAUGGCAGAAGUGCAUCAGUUGCUCCUAGAGGUUAUGGUUUGCGUAUAUUUAAAAAAUGAAUAUCCACCUUGCAAUUUCAAGAGGAUCCAAACACGCCGUCACACACACCAGAUAAUUUUGCCAGUUUUGCACUCAUUGGCUAGAUCAACUGAAGGCAGGAAUAGAUUUGCAUUUUACUAAACAAUUCAAAAAAUACUGCCUCCGUGCUUAAAAAAAAUUCUCAAAAUGAAGAACAUUAAAAGCAUCUUUUUCUUUUGAAAUGAAAGCCAACAAUUUAGGAAAGGAGUCUGGAAGAUUCCUAAAGAGACCCAUGGGGGGGCCGAACCCCUUGUGGUUAUGGGCCCAUGUGGCAAUGAGAAUUCCACUGGCAGAAAUGCGAACUCUGUUCCCUGUGUCAGUCCUAGGUGUGGGGAACUUUUGGUCCUCCCGAUAUGGCUGAACUACAACUCCCAUCAUUCCUGGCCGUGCUAGUUGGGGCUCAUGGGAGUGGUAGUCCAGUAACAUCUGGAAAGCUAAGGUUUCCACAUACCUGGUCUGUCUUCUCACCCAAAAGCAGCCCUGCCAUUCCUCAAUUUGUCCCCACAAGAUGGGAAGAGCAGACUGUUGAAGACCAAGUAAGAAGCCUUACUUAGUUCAAAUUCAUAUUUGAACUAAGACAGACACAUCCUUAUUUCACAGCUCUGCCAACUCACCAUUUGAACAUUAGACCAACAGAGUAUGUGGCUAAGAAGAUGUGAGUAUUUAAAAAACAAAAAAAAUCAGUGCAAAAAAAAGUUAUUUUUAGUGAAAGUCAUUUUGGGAAGGGCAAGAAAGAUCUUCUCCUGGACAACUGGGCUUUCAGAAUGUGUGUUUAAGAAACCUCAUUUCGCAACUAGUGUAAACAAACUCAUAGAAAUAAACAUGCAGAUAUACAUAUAAAUGCACAGUUUCCUCUUUUUAAUGGAAAGAAGCAUCUGAGAAUGCAGUCUUGUAAAACUGGGCAGAAGAUGCAGAUCCAAAACAUCUGUUAUCCCAUAUAUACACAGUAGGUCCCUGCAGUGUACAGGAGAGCAUAGUCAAGUUCCAAAGACCUCAGAAGCCUACUUCAUAGUAAUUCGCAGCAGAUCUUUCAGUAUGGAUGUGUGGAACAGCAUUCCCAUCAAGACAACAACAGGUGCCCACUAUCUGCACUUUUCUGGAAACAAUGGAAACUUCUUGUUGUUCUGAUAGGCUUUUCCAGCUUAAUGGAUAGGUUCUGUAAUGUGUGUCUAAAGGUAAAGGCACCCCCUGACCGUUAGGUCCAGUCACGGGCGACUCUGGGCUUGCAGCGCUCAUCUCGCUUUAUAGGCCGAGGGAGCCAGCGUUUGUCUGCAGACAGCUUCCGGGGUCAUGUGGCCAGCAUGACUAAGUCGCUUCUGGCAAACCAGAACAGCACACGGAAACGCCGUUUACCUUCCCGCUGGAGCGAUUCCUAUUUAUCUACUUGCACUUGAUGUGCUUUCAAACUGCUAGGUUGGCAAGAGCUGGGACCGAACAACGGGAGCUCACCCCAUUGCGGGGAUUUGAACCGCUGACCUUCUGAUCGGCAAGGCCUAGACUCUGUGGUUUAGACCACAGCGCCACCGGGUGUCUACUUCAUAUUAUUUUUAAAUUUAUCUGUUGUUAUUUUAUGUGGUCCUUAAAACUGUUUUUCGCUGUGUUUAUUGCACUGUGUACAUUGCCUUGAGGCAAUGUAGAUAGCGAGAUGAUCACUAGCUAGCUAGAUAGCUGUAGCUCAGUAAUACAGCACCUGCUUUUCAUGCAGAAGGUUCCAAGUUCAACCCCUGGCAUUUCCAUAUAGGGCUAGGAGAGACCCCUGCCUAAAACCCUGGAGAGCUGCUGCCGGUCAGUGUAGACAGUACUGCGCUAGAGAGAUGAACAGUCUCACUCGUCAUAAGAUGGUGACCUUUGCUACUAGCAAUUGCCCUUUCUUUUCCCCAACAAGCCUCGUUUCCAGAGCUCAGCCCUGAAGAAAACUAGACCCAGUAGAAAAUCUGAAUUGAAUGCAGCCAGGUGCUCUGUAAUUGUUGUUUAUUUUACCCUCUUUUCCAUUACAAGGCUUGGCAGGCCAUUCAUGUAACCUCAUUAGCAGCCAAGCUGUCUGCAUAAAAGUCCUUCCCACUAAUGGUUUAGCUUGAGAGAGAAUAAGCUGCUGGUUUCCUCUCCAACAUCUUUAUAUUCUUACCCUAGGUACUCUGUUCACAAGCUCAGUAGAUCCAUUAGUAUAGAAACUACAGGAGAAAAACAUGCUGCUUUUUAUUAUAUACAGUAUGGGAUAAUCUACCCACUCUCAGGGUUUUCCAAAACAAAACCAUCCGCUUCACACACCUGUAGGAAGCUCUUCUAUUUGGGUUAUUUCUUUAGAUCAGAUAAUCUCUAUACCAUUUUCUGACAUUUAACCAGUUGCAACUAUGUGAGCGUGAGGCAGGGGGAGGAGCUACAGCAGGGGUCAGCAAACUUUUUCAGCAGGGGGCCAGUCCACUGCCCCUCAGACCUUGUGGGGGGGGGCGGACUAUAUUUUUUGGGGAGGGGGAGAAUGAACGAAUUCCUAUGCCCCACAAAAAACCCAGAGAUGCAUUUUAAAUAAAAGGACACAUUCUAUUCAUGUAAAAACACGCUGAUUCCUGGACCCCCCGUGGGCCGGAUUGAGAAAGUGAUUGGGCCAGAUCCGGCCCUCAGGCCUUAGUUUGCCAACCCAUGAGCUGCAGGUUUUAAGCAACUGAGAAACAAGAAAGCCAAAAGCAACUACUAUGUAAAUCAAGGAACGUGCAGUCCUCCAUAUGCUGUUGGACUACAGCUCUCCUCAGCCCUAGCCAGGAUAAUGGGAGCUGUAGUCCAACAAUGUCCAGAGGGCCACAGAUUUCUCAAUCCCUGAUGUAAAUGAUCAGCAUUAACAAGUGUGAUCUGAAAUCAGUAAUUGCAUGUCUCACUGUGUCUUCCUCCAGAGGUCUAGAACCAUGUUGUAAAUAUUGAAUUUAAGAUGUUUAGGGUUCCAGGACAGUUUGCCAAACUUCUGUCCCAGUUUCAAAUUUUGUUUAUUUGCAUCUAGUCACAUCUAAUCACCAUCACAAGUGCAAGGGUUCAAAAAAACAAGGGAAAAUAUUCAUCCACAUAGUAACAUGAGUUAACAAAUAAUUUCUUCAUGAAAGGUGCCAGAUUUCUUGUAAAAUUCUUAUCAGGGGAGGAAUUGUGAAACUAUGAAAAAGGCUAUUCAAUUUGAGUAAAUAUGUUCCAUGCUUUUCUCCUUGUUUCUUCUUCCAGAUUUCCUCGGUUAGUUCCACCCAAAAGUACAAUUCUGUGUGUUAGUCAUGUAUGGUCUGUGAGCAUGCCUGAAUUUUUACUUACUGCUUUUGCAUCUUGCUCUCUCUGUGUGUAUAAGCAAUCUCAGCACUUGCAUUUUAACCUGGAGAGCUGCAUAAAUUCCUGCCUUGUUGCAUGGUGGAUAUCAGGAGUUGGGGACGUCUGGUGAUCACAGAAUCAUAGAAUCGUAGAGAUGGAAGGGACUCCCAAGGGUCAUCUAAUCCAACCCCCUGCAAUGCAGGAAACUCAACUAAAGCAUCCAUGACAGAUGGCUAUCCAAACUCUGUUUAAAAGCAUCCAAUGAAGGAGAGUCCACAACUGCCUGAGGGAUUCUGUUCCACUAUUGAACUGCUCUUACUGUCAAAUCUCCUUUCUUGUAACAUGAAGCCAUUGGUUCAAGUCCUACCCUCCAGAGCAGAAGAAAACAAGCUUGCUUCAUCUUCCAUGUCUCGGUCUCCUUUUCCCCAGGCUAAACACACCCAGCGCCUUCAACCGUUCCUCAUAAGGCUUGGUUUCUAGAUCCUUAAUCAUCUUGGUCACUCUCCUCUGCACACAUUCCUACUUGUCAAUAUCCUUAAAUCGUGGCGCCUAGAAUUGGACACAGUAUUCCAGGCACAAUAGAGUGGUACUAUUAUUUCUGUUGAUGCAGCCUAGAAUAGCAUUAGCUUUUUUUGCUGCUACAUCACACUAUUGACUCAUGUUAAGCUUGUGGUCUACUAAGACCCCUAUAUCUUUUUCACAUCUUUUUCACCAGGGGUCUUACAUUUGUGCUGCUGGUUAUUCAUGCCCAAGUUUAGAAUCUUGCUGUUGUCCCUAUUUCAUUUUCUUAGCUUGGGCCCAGUUUUCCAAUCUGUUAAGGUCAUUUUGAAUUCCAAUUCUGUCCUCUUUGGCAUUAGCUAUCCCUCCCAAUUUGGUGUCAUCUGCAGACCUGAUGAUCACCCCCUCAAUUCCUUCAUCUAAGUAAUUUAUAACAACGUUGAACAGAACCCUGCGGCACCCCACUUGUAACUUUUUUCCUGGAUGACAAGGAACCAUUAAUGCACAGCUUUCCAAAUUGUGUGUCAUGACACAUUAGUGUGUCGGCUGCAGUGUUUAGGUGUGUCACAUGAACGCUUCCCAUGCUGCUCCUGGGGCUAGUUCCCCUGAUCCACCAAGUUUUUUAACUCCAUCAGAAAAAGAAAUGAGAUUAGUCUGGCAUGACUUGUUUUUGAGAAACCUGUGCUGGGUCUUAGUAUUCACAACAUUCUUUUCUAAGUGCUCACAGACCAACUGUUGAGUAAUCUGUUCUAGAACCUUUCCUGGUAUCAAUGUCAAGCUCACCAGUCGGUAGAUACCUGGAUCUUAUUUUCUUCCCUUUUCGGAAGACGGGGACAACAUUUGUCCACCUCCAGUCUGCUGGGACCUCACAUGCUUUCUAAGAGAUCAUAGGCAGAGGUUCUGGGAUUACACCGCAAGCUCCUUUAGUACCCUUGGGUGCAGCUUAUCAGGCCCUGGAGGUUUGAAAUCAACUAGCUAGGUAUUCCCUUACCAUCUCUUCCUAUCUUGGUCUGCAGCUCCCUCCUUACAUCAUUAAUCUGUUAUUGCUUUCCUUUUGUGCAAAGACAGAGGCAAAGUAGUUGUUGAGCAGUUCCACCUUCUCUCUGUCACCCAAUAGCAUUUUUCUGUCUUCUCCACAUAGAGGACCUACCACUCGCUUGUUGUUCCUCUUGCUUCAAACACAGGUGAAGAAACAUGUCCAUCUUAAAUCUCAGUUCAUCUGUAAGCUCCUUAUGCAGCAACUCUGGUUUGUUUAGAUACCUCCCACUUUUCUUUCUUGUCUGCAUUUGGUCCUUCAGUAUUUUGCCCUUAAGAAGCUCCCAUCCAUCUUGGGCUCCCUUCUCGUCAGAUGUUUCUGACCAUGGGAUCUCACCCAGUAGCACUUUAAGCUUUUUGAAAUUGGCAAGUCCAGUGUGCCUGUCCGAACUAAGCUCACCUUUCCCUUGCCUCUGUAUCAUGAACCUAGGAGGAGAGGACACGAUCACUUCCUCCCAAGUUUCCAAGUACUUCCACUUUGUCAGUCAGUUCCUCCUUGUUGGUGAGGACCAGGCCUGCAAACAAUCAAGCCUCCAAACAGCUCGGACAAACUACCAGCUUUAAUCCAAAAGAAACAAGCUGAUUCUCUUCAGUCUCCUCCACCAAUCCUUGCAAACACCCCUGUUUACGAGUCCUGUUCACGAGCUCCCGGUUGUGAGCUCCCAGAAGUUACUUGCCUGGCAUUAUUCACACUGUAGUUUUCAUCUGCCCCAGCUUGCUGGUUGGUUGUCCCGUAACCAUGCUCAACAAACAGCAUGAAGACUUAUUUUUAUCUGCUUACUUCCUGUGAAGGGUGCAUUUACCCAGUCAUCAGAAACGAGUGUGGCAAGCCUUUCCUGGUAUAAAUAAAUGUAGGAGUGUGUGUGCAUGUAUUGCUGCUUGAAUCCAGAAAGCUAGCCUAUUGGGGGAAAUGCUAGGCUGAAGCUUUUAUCCUGACUUGCUUUUUUUCUAUGUGCCAGGAAGGGUGGGUUUUUUGGGGGGGCGGGGAGCUGGAAAACCUCUUUUUUGUAACCAUUUCUUAAAUUGCUUUGUCCAAUAUAAAGAGGAACAAGUAAAUGUACAAAACCAUAACAAGAUAAAACAAAUCCAAAAAAGAUAACGAAACAACGUACAGUGGUACCUCAGCUUAAGUACUUAAUUCGUUCCGGAGGUCUGAUCUUAACUUGAAACUAUUCUUAACCUGAGGUACCACUUUAGCUAAUGGGGCCUCCUGCUGCUGCCACCGCGCGAUUUCUGUUCUCACCCCGAAGCAAAGUUCUUAACCCGAGGUACUAUUUCUGGGUUAGUGGAAUCUGUAACCUGAAGCGUCUGUAACCCGAGGUACCACUGUAAUAGGGUUUCUGGCACCCUGCUUACAUUAAUAAAAGGGCAGCUAAAGAAUACUAUAGAACAGGAAUGAGGAGAAUCCUGUGGCCUGCCAGAUAUUGCAGGAAUUCCAAUACCCAUUAGUUCUGACCAUUGACCCUACUGGCUGGGGCUUAGGUGAGGGGGGAGCCCAGCAAUGUCUGGAGAGCCACAGUUUCUAUACCCCUGCUAUAUAAAGUUGCCUGAAUUGAGAGAUCCUUCAAACUUGGGGUAAGAAGCUAAGCUGCCUCCCUGAACAGUUACAGACAAACCAUUUUGCAGCACCAUCUGAACAUGGAGUGGCAAAAGUCUCCAUAACUCUUGGUCUCAAGAUGCCCCAGGGCAAAAGGACUCACACCAGGAAAUUUUGGCUGUUCACAGAAAUUUUGUGGUGGUAGUGAAGCAAAGGCAAGGAUUCGCAGGUAAGUGGGCAUAGGAUUGCAAUCUAUAUUAUACAUUCUGGGGAGAGAGCGGGCAGAGAAUCCAUUCUUUCUCUCCUAGUGCUAGAGCUCAAAGUCAUCUAAUUGAACUGAUUGGUUUGGCAGUAGAUCCAGGAUGAGCAAAAGGAAGUACUUUACACUGUGUGUACAUUUAAAUUAUGGAGUACACUGAAGAGGGCCACUAGCUUAAAAUUAGCUUUAAAAAAGAAAUCAUGGAGAAUUUGGUCUGUUAAAAGGCUCUGGCUAAAUAGACUUAUCUCUGAGCCUUUUGGCUCAUAAAUGGUCAGUACUGGAGUAAACGAGGCAUCUUUGGAGCAUCUAGGGCUGGCAAUUGAGAACCAGUGUGUUAUAAUGGUUAAGAGCGCUGGAUGAGUACCUGGGAGACGGGUUCAGAUCCCUACUUGGCCAUGAAGCUCACUGUGUGAGCUGUGGGCCAUUCACUACCUCUCAGCCUUGGCUAUCUCGCAGAGCUGUUUUGAGGAUUAAAUGAGGAAAUGAUAGAUAUAGAUAGAUAGAUAGAUAGAUAGAUAAAUGCAUUAUGAGAAACAAGGUGGUUGAUUAGCAAAUCCUUUAGUGUGACCUUAUACUAUAGCUCUGGGAUUAGACUGCCUACAGUGGCCUUCACUAACCUGGUGCUAUCUUGGUUGGUUUGUGUGUGUGUUUUGGAAUACAACUCCCAUCAGCUGCAGGCAGCAUUGCUGAUAGUUGGGCAUGAUAGAAGAUGUAGUCCCAUAAAAUCUGGGGAGUUUUCAAAGGCUGGUUCAUUGCAAGUCCCCCCCUCCCAUCCAGUUUUGAUUAGCCAUGGUCUCUGUACAGUCACACAAUUGGAGACAUUUUCAAGCUAGAUGCAUUUGGCAUGUGCCCCAUUUCCACCCUUUAUGUAACGUGCGUCAAGGGGCAUGGCUCCUGCAUCCCACUCAGUUUGCAGUUGCCUCAGAGGGAACUUGCUCUGGCUAGAAUCUCCUGGUGGGUCAACCUUACCACCCAAGAUACAAAUUUGGUUUGUUUACGUUUAAGUGAUGAGAAGGCAUUCCCCAAGCCAAACACUUGGAAGUGCCCUUAAGGACAUUAGGAAAAGCUUUGCUGGAUAAGAUCAAAGGCCUAUGUAGUCCAACAUGUUCUUACUAUGGCCAACCAGAGGCCCAUUAAGGGAAGCCUGAAAGCAGAACCUGAAUCUUUCCCUCUCACGAUUCCCAGCAACAAGUAUUGAGGUGUGCUACCUCUGACACCAGAGGGAGAACACAGCUGUGCUUUGAGGGGAAAGCCAUCCCUAUCCAGGUAGGAAACCAGGCGGUCCCUGCUUCCUGCCCAUUCUUCUCACCUGUGUUUCUUUCCCCUGGCAGUUCUUGCGAGUGACAAAACAGUACCUCCCGCAUGUGGCCCGCCUCUGCUUGAUCAGCACGUUCCUUGAAGAUGGCAUCCGCAUGUGGUUCCAGUGGAGCGAGCAGAGGGACUACAUUGAUGCCACAUGGAACUGUGGGUACUUCCUGGCCUCCAUCUUUGUCUUCAUUAACCUUUUUGGACAGCUAAGUAAGUGGCACAAUAUUGAGAUCCAUGUACGCUUGUUGUUAAAUGGAGAUUCUGGUUCCUGGACCAAGGGACCCAUAAAUUCUCUGCUUGGACUACAGCUGCCCAGUCUAUAAUAGUGGCAUGUCCUCUACAAGAUCACAACCCUUAAGAGCAUUCACAGUCCCCUUCCCCACCCCACCCCUUUAUGCCAGAUGACAGGUUUUGAAGCUGCCCUCACUCCUCUUAAAACUAGGGGUGGGGAAGUGGAUACAUCCGGCAGGCCGAAUCCUUAUCACCCCUCCCCAAAUUUGACAAUUAUGCCUAGUGGUGAGGUGCUUUGAAGCCCCAUGAAUCAGCUGAUCUGCAGGGCUUCAAAGCACCAUUUGGGGCUCUUGGUAAGGGACUGGCUGCAAAGAGCCCUGCGCUGUGCUUUGAAGCUCCACAGAUCAGCUGAUCAGCAGCACUUAAGGAGACCCUUCUGGCCAACCCAGCUCGUUUUUUUACCCUCCUGCUAACAACACACAUGGUAUCAAGUGAUUGGAAGGUGGGCCAAGUUAAGCCCUUGGACUAGAGGUUCCCCACCCUCUUUAGUGAUAGCAGCCCCAGGCAUCAUUCAGUCAGACUGUGGGCAGCCUUUCCAGGUUCCUCCUAUAAAUACAGGUAGUGGCCAUUUUGCGGGUGGGGGUGGGUUCCGUUCCUGGCACCUGCAUGCAUCGGCAGAGCAUUCAUAAGCACGCUGCACCCCAUUACACCCCCACACCCGUUCUGGCCUCUUCCGCGUCCAAAAUGACUUGUACAUCAGCAAUCGUGCAUCAAUUACGCAUGCCUAAAAUGGUUGCCACCUCUACAAGUCAACCAUCCUUACAUUCUCCUGCAGAGUCAUUUUCAUUCUUCUUCACCCAUUCUCUUCUCUUAACCCCCGGUGGCUUAUAAAGCAGAAAUAACCACUCACAGGCCUCUCAUUUUCCAAUCCUGCAGCAGUACACCAUGGCUUGAUGCCCAACAGCUCAUGUAGGUGAGCUUUGGAGUAUUUCCUCAGUUGUGAAUUGCAGUGACAAUUGCUUAAUAUACUCUUGGCUUAAUAUACUGUAGACGAGCAGUGGGGAAUCUCCACUCCGUGGACCUGAUUUCAGCCAACCCAUGCCCAACAGCCCUGCACCUGACUGUAUAUGACAGCUGAUCAUCAGUGCAUGCCAAGCCCUGGACCUUUGCCUAUGCGCUUUGUUUUUGUCUCUCUUUUGGCUCCCAUGUCUGUCAGCACUCGGUCCCCUGAGUUUGCUUUUAGUGGGAAAGGAAAACGGGUCAGCUGAUUUCAUGGCCAUGUCACAUGGUUGACAGGCAGGUGAUCUGGUGGCUGCUGGACUAGUGCUUAAAAACAAGGCUGCCUUUAAAGAGAUUGAUGUUGCUAAAGUUUGAGCAAUGAAGGCUAUGGUUCAAGAGACAAGCCAGCAAGAAAGGUUUGCAGGCGAGUCAAGGAUUUAAAAGAUAUGAGGGUCAACAGAACCUUAGCAAGGGGGACAUGAUUCACUAAUGCUGUUGACUUGGCUAUUUCUUCUCUUCCGCCUCCUUUCCUAGGUGGCUGCAUCCUAGUGCUGAGUAGGAACUUUGUUCAGUAUGCCUGCUUUGGAUUAUUUGGCAUUAUAGCACUCCAGGUAAGGAAAUCAAUCCCAACUCUUAAUUGCACAACACUGAAAAAUCGUGCCUAUUCACACUUGCGCCUCCUGGCUCUGAAGCUGGAGGUUCCAUUGCCCCGCAAGCGCCCCUCCAGUAGCAAACUAGGGUGUCUGAGUGCUGACGGGCUCGAAGUCAAAACAAGAGGCGUGGUCGCAUUAGCCCUGAGUUAUGUAGAAGUGAAAAAACAACAACACGUCUUGUUUUCUCAAAGAAAACCACAAGGGGGGGGGGCAAACAGAAAUUUAAAAACAGCCCCAUGUCCAGCAGUGUAACGUUCAGUACUUCAGGCGGAAUCUGCACACUCCCCUUGAGCCCUGAAUUAUGAUGGCUAUGCUCUGCCUCACAGCCAGAAGCAACACUGCAGUUGCUGUGGGGAGAAUGCUCUUGUGCUUGGGUCCUGCUAGUGUGGCAUCUGGGCAGCCACCGUGAGAACAUGAUGCUGAACUAAAUGAGCUGUUGACAUGAUCCAACAGACUCAUGUUAUGAUCUUAUCUUAUGAGAUAGCUGCUGCAAAGUUCUUGGGAGCAGGGAAGUAAAAUAAAUUUGAAAUGGGUACCCUCCUCUUCUAAGUCAUUCACAUGUUUGCAAAAUAUAUUAGCAGUAAGGCUGUAAAGCAUUUGUUUUUCUUUAGCAAAAAAGUGCUACCCCAUUUUCACUCUCAUACCCCUUGCUUGUCCAAAGAACCCAUCUUAUUUACACAGUGACAUUAAUGUGCAUAGAUCUUUGCAGAGAAAGCAUAAGUGAACGUAACAGAUCCUUGGUCCCAAGGAGUUUGUGUGCUAAAUAGGGGACAGAAAAAGAGUGUGGGAGAGGGAAGGUAGAAGAAGCAAUGAAAGUGAGCAUCAGCAGAUAGAUGCCAAGCUUCUUUUUGGAGUAUUUAGCUGCUUCAACCUCAAGAUCAAAAGGAAAAGGUGGUUUUAAGCAAAGGGUUCAAUCGUGUCUGGUUGUUUCCUCCUAGACAAUUGCAUACAGCAUUUUAUGGGAUCUGAAGUUUUUGAUGAGGUAUGUCUCAUUCUCUUUUAUCUCGUUUUACUAGUUCUUGCCUAUUUAAUCUUAGUUUCAUUUAUCAUUCACUUCUAACCAGCCAGCAUUGAGGAAAAUGAUUAUAGCGUCCCUUACGCAUUUUGCUUGUCAAGGUUGCUUUUGAAUGUUUCUUAACGUUUUAUGAUCAUUGCUAUCAUCCGUUACCUGCCUUUCACUCUUAAGGCCUCAGUUUGGCGACAACAAUCAAAUCGCAAGGUUAAAAACUGUUUACAACUUACAAUCACAGAAAUAAGGUGGAUCCCAAAAGAUAUAUACAUCUCAGGUGUCAAAAUGUAAGCCACUUUCACUCUUGGGACUUGUCACUCAAAAACUCCAGAGGCAACCAGCAUAUAACCUUUAAGCAUCUUAAGACUUGUAACAGCAUAUUUGAUUGUGUAAUUUUUGUUGGUGCACAAGCCCUUUGUGAAUCUUGUCACACCUGAUGUAGGUAUUCAGGUGUGUGUGUUUUGGACUAACUAUAUUUCGCCAUCUACAGGAACCUUGCUCUGGGGGGUGGUCUGCUGCUGCUGUUGGCUGAAUCACGGUCAGAGGGGAAGAGCAUGUUCGCCGGAGUCCCCACCAUGCGGGAAAGUUCCCCUAAGCAGUACAUGCAGCUGGGCGGACGAGUGCUGCUGGUCCUCAUGUUUAUGACGCUGCUGCAUUUUGAUGCUAGCUUCUUUUCGGUAAGUGGCCCAAACAUUGCAAAUAAUUUGUUUUUAUUUAGGAGGAGAGGUAUUUUUGUAUGGGAUUUGCCUCCUCCUCCUCCAGCUCCUCCUAUUCCCAGCACUGGUAGGUGCCUAUUGAUCCUGGUAGGGUGGAAAGCAGGGAGGCCAAUGUCAGGCGGAGCCAGAGCAAGGGAGGGCAGGCAGAGUCAACCGAUUAUAGUUUUCUCCUCACCCUCCUUCCUAAUGAGAUGCUAUUGUUAUUUAUUGUAUGCAUUGGCCAUAUUUUUUGCACUCAGCUGCCUCAAAGCAAGUCAUACAGUAAAAAUAAAAUAGCAAAGACAUUAAUAUCAGAUUUUAAAACAGCAAUAGGUAACUAAAAUAAUGUAUUUACAAGGAAUGUGUCCUUCCACUGCGUGUAAAGGAUAAGCCCAAGAAAGGUUUUAACCCUCCCAGUUAAAAACCAUAAGCCUGGAUAAACAUGACAGUGAUGGCGCCAGGUCUGCUUCCUGGGUGGGUGGGUGUGAGCAUGUGUGAGCAUUCCGCCACUGAAAGUGCCUGUUGUCAAAGACCAGGGAGGCUAAGGAGGAGGAGGCUGACAGUCAGGGCUGCCUCCCCCUAGAAUGGUGGCAAUUCCUAAGGCCAGCAGGUGGGGCCUGGCUGAGGGGAGGUUGAGUUAGGUGGGGUAAGAUGCCCUCUUCUCCCUUACACCAGCCUCUGCUGAAUUCUACUUUUCUCUGUCCCAUCUUCUCCCAUAGAUCCUCCAGAACAUUGUGGGCACAGCCUUGAUCAUCCUUGUGGCUGUCGGCUUCAAGACGAAACUGGCCGCCUUGACCUUGGUCAUCUGGCUCUUUGCCAUCAACAUCUACUUCAACGCCUUCUGGACCAUCCCAGUCUACAAACCCAUGCAUGACUUCCUCAAGUACGACUUCUUCCAGACCAUGUCCGUCAUUGGAGGCCUCCUGCUGGUGGUGGCCCUUGGGCCUGGUGGCGUGUCUAUGGAUGAGAAGAAAAAAGAAUGGUAGAAAUAGGAGGGGCAGGGAAAACACAUCAUCUCGGUGUCUGGGGACUGACUUUUUCAACAUGGGUUCCGUGGGGGAAUAAAACCAAACUGCCAGCAUCUUAUGUAUGUGCCCAACAAUCCCUUUAAAGGGCACACUUUUUUUUUUAUAGAAUUCAUGAAGGCACUGAUAAUCUGAUAACUAGAGCAUUCUUCAUCAAGGAAUGUUUUUUUUUUUUUGCCUCGAAAUACUGUUCUGCUUUCUUUUGUAAUCUCCAGAAAUUGAAACAUAUAGAAGCUGGCUUGCCAAGCACCAUGUGGGCACUGUAUUUGCCGCCUUUAAGUUUCCUUAAUGGUUUUCUAAGACACAUUUUUUUAAAAAACGAAACAAACUACUGUGAUCCGAUAUUCCUGUUUGUAUACUUUUGGUGUCAAGGUGUUCCCCACGUCUUCUUUUUUGCGUUCUUGUUGUAAUUAAAGAAGUCGCCUCCCAGAUUGAGCCGUGACCAUCUGAGCGAUAGAUCUAGCGCACCUUUUGUAUUAUGGGAAAGGGAUUUUUCUGCUUUGAAACAAGCCAACCCAUCACAGUAUUACAACAGCUAGAGAGAGGACCAUCUCUUGAAACAGAGGCAGGAGAAAAUAUGUGCAGCAGCUGGGUCCCUCCCAGCAAAAAGCUUAUUCACUACUAUGUUGUAGCAAAAAGAAGUGGGUGGGUGGGUGGUUGGGGACAGUGUGUUUGGGUUUCAUGAACAAUUGUUUCAGGCGGGGCAAUCAGAACAAAGUCCAUUGGCAAUUCAGAUUUCUGAAAUCCAUCUUCACCUAUAGCCAUUCUUGUUACUUUGUUGGAAAUUUGCAUACAUUAUAAAUUUUGGAGCAGUGUCCCAUAUUCUGUAGAUUUAUGCAGUUGCUAUUUGGGGGCAGUAAAAAUCUGACCCAAAUGAGCCUGUGUACCUGAAGAACAAUCUUGCUGUAUUACACCAAAGACCCAUCUGACAGACACUCAGAAGAUGCCAGAAGAAUGAUGGAACCUGUGACACACUAGAUACUGUUCUGCUACAGUUCACUCACCACUGUCCAUGCUUGGCAGGGGAAGAUGUGAGUUAGGUGUCUAUUAAGAUAUGGAGAACAGUAGGUUCCCUGUGGCUAUAUUACGGUAUGUCACAAACAGGCAGGUAGCUGUUGGUAUCUAGUAUUCAGAGGUAAAAUGCUUCUGUCUGUGAAGGUCUGUGAAGGCAACAAAUUGGAAUCUAGACAGUUAUCUAGUUGUACUUGCCUUAUUUUGUGGCACUGAUUUCCACCAAAUUAUUUAUAGGUUUGGUGAAAAGCCUCCAUUUAAUGUAGCCCUCAUCUAUCCACAGCCGCCUUCAUGGGUGAGACGAACCGUCUACGUUUAGGGUUUUUUGUUUUUGUUUACAUUUUUUAGCCCUCUGAAGGGCUACGGCAGUGCGAAUGAAAAUCCAGCUAGCUACUCUGUGCUAAAACCUCAAAAUCCUUUGAAGAAAGGUCCUUGUCAAAUUUUUCAUCUUGCCCAGUAGAUUUCUUCCAUUCAUCCACCAAUAAAUAUAUUUUGCAAUACCCCAGAAUUUGCACCUGGAAUAAUAAUAAUAAAGAGGUCAAAUUC